CAGCGGCGGCUGCUGCCCUGAGUCGCCCUUUGGGCUCUCGGCAGCCCCUCUCUCUGCCAGGGAGCUGCUUUUCUCUUCUCUCUUUCGGGAUGGAGGAGCCUGGGCUGGGUCUGCGGCUACAUUAGGAGGAACUUCCUGACAGUGAGGGCUCUUCGACAGUGGAACAGACUCCCUCGGAGGGGAGUGGAAGGGGAAUCCUGGAGCUUGAAAGAUACUUUGUAAAGUCAGAAAAUGUCUGCAGUCUGCAAUUCUCUCCUUGAAGACAUUGAAGAUAUUGUGUCAGCACAAGAUCCAAAGCCACAUGACCGGCAGUUUGGGAGACAAAGCAUUGUUCCCAAAGUGCGAAAACGCCAUUCACAAAAAAAUGUAGACAUGGAUGAAGAUCCCCCAAGUGACAGUGUUAUUCCAGGUGUACAAAAAAUUUGGAUACGCACAUGGGGAUGUUCUCAUAAUAGCUCAGAUGGAGAGUAUAUGGCUGGACAGCUGGCUGCUUAUGGAUACAAAAUUACAGAUAAUGCUGCGGAAGCAGACCUGUGGCUGUUAAACAGUUGUACUGUAAAAAGCCCUGCUGAAGACCAUUUUAGAAACUCAAUUAAGAAAGCACAAGAAGAAAAAAAGAAAAUUGUUCUAGCUGGAUGUGUCCCUCAAGCCCAGCCACGACAAGACUAUCUGCAAGGCCUGAGCAUUAUUGGGGUCCAGCAAAUAGAUCGGGUAGUGGAAGUUGUUGAAGAGACAAUCAAAGGUCACUCUGUGAGAUUGCUGGGUCAGAAAAAGGAUAAUGGAAAACGGUUGGGGGGAGCUCGAUUGGAUUUGCCAAAGAUUAGAAAGAACCCACUGAUAGAAAUAAUUUCCAUCAAUACAGGUUGUCUGAAUGCAUGUACCUACUGCAAAACUAAGCAUGCCAGAGGAGAACUAGCAAGUUAUUCUGUUGAAGAACUGGUUGACAGAACCAGACAGUCCUUCCAAGAAGGGGUAUGUGAGAUAUGGCUCACCAGCGAAGACACUGGGGCUUAUGGACGAGACAUUGGCACAGACCUCCCUACUCUCCUGUGGAAGCUGGUUGACGUUAUCCCUGAAGGAGCAAUGUUGAGACUUGGCAUGACAAAUCCUCCCUAUAUUUUAGAGCAUUUAGAAGAAAUGGCAAAAAUUCUCAACCAUCCAAGAGUCUAUGCUUUUCUUCAUGUACCAGUUCAGUCUGCCUCUGACAGCAUACUCAUGGACAUGAGGAGAGAAUAUUGUGUGGCAGACUUCAGAAGAGUGGUGGAUUUCCUUAAAGAAAAAGUGCCUGGAAUAACAAUUGCUACAGACAUCAUUUGUGGGUUUCCAGGGGAAACAGAUGAAGAUUUUCAAGAAACUCUGAACCUUGUAGAAGAGUACAAGUUUCCAAGUCUUUUUAUUAACCAGUUUUACCCACGCCCUGGGACUCCUGCGGCAAAAAUGCAUCAGGUUCCAGCCCAAAUAAAAAAACAAAGAACAAAAGAACUGUCACGAUUGUUUCAUUCAUACAGCCCGUAUGAUCACAAGGUUGGAGAGAGACAGAAAGUUCUUGUGACAGAAGAGUCAUUUGAUUCCAAGUUUUAUGUUGCUCACAAUCGAUUCUAUGAGCAGGUUCUCGUGCCAAAGAACCCUGAAUUCAUGGGUAAAAUGGUGGAAGUGGACAUUUUUGAAGCAGGGAAGCACUUUAUGAAGGGACAGCCAGUGUCAGAUGCUAGAGUGUUCACCCCUUCUAUCUCUAAGCCAUUUGCCAAGGGAGAGGUCUCUGGUUUAACAGAGGAGUUCAGGCAUGCACUGGAGAAUGGCUCAGAAUGGAAAGCCUGUCCAUCUGCUGAGAAGCAAAAAGUACCAUUGAGCCACAGGAUGGCGAUGCAGUUGCCUUGGCAACAAGGGGGAAGUGUACUAAAGCUGCUGUCCCUGAGCGGAGCUCUCCUCGCAGUCCUUGUUGCCUUUUACUAUGGAGGGUUUUAAAGGAGAAGCUGGAAUGAAAAGUGAUUUCAUCAAGAAAUGUAUUUUGCCCCACUGAAAACUUCAUAGUUGACUAUUGGGUGAUCAUUUCUACUCCAAGGUCUUACCUGAUCAUCACAGCCUGGAUAAGACUGUGCUUAGGCUUGGUGUAACUUCUUUGGUUAGUUUUUUUAAGAUCAAAACUUCGGUGUGUACUAAAGACUUCCACAUCUUAAUUUCCCAUUUUUAAAACUUGUGGAUAUAUAUGUAUUUUAUAUAUACAUAAUAUAUUUGUCUCUGUGUGGCAGUUGUGAAAAUGAUGUAAUUUUCAUUAUUGCCACAUAUAGGCAGAGGUUUUUAGAAAAUUAAAUUAUUAAAGUAUUUUUUCCCCUUUCGGCAAGUAAUUGAUCAUAUAUUUGUACGGUGAUCAUUUGAAUCCUUAUUAAACUUUUUUCUUUAUACACACUGAAACAUGGCUUUUUUAUUUUUUGUUAAAUGUGUGUAUAUGUGCCUUUAGGUUGCCUGCCAAUUUAUGGUCAAUUUCAUAGGGAAGAAUCCUCACAGGUGCUUUUGCCAGUUCCUUCCUCUGAAAUAUAGCUUACAGCACCUAGUAUUCCUUAGCAGUCUCCCAUCAAAGUGCUAACUAGAGCUGAUCCUACUUAGCUUCUAAGAUCAGACAGAAUCGGUGCCUUUUGGAUGUUUAAAAUACCCCAUUCAAAAUUGUCAGGCCAAGAGGCUAAGGUCCAAAACACAUUGCAGAAAUAAUCCAGUUUGAUACCAGUUUAACUGCCCUGGCUCAAUGCUAGGGAAUUCUGGAGAAUGUAGUUUUGUGAGACAUUUAACCCUCUCUGUCAGAGAGCUCUGGUGCCACAAUAAACUACAGUUCCCAGGAGUAUGAAGAUGAAAUGAAGUUACUUAGCUAAAGUUAGGAGGAGGACACCAUACGGUGUUGCUCUUACUAUGGAUAAAGGGAAACUGAGGGAUAGGUAGCAUUGGCUGGACUGGCCAUAUGUGAAAGAGAGGACAGGGUAGGGGCCCUGCCAAGGCCACUUGGCUCUGGAACAUUUUAGUGGUGGGUAUGCACAGAUGCAAGGUCCAUUCAUACAAAGAGCAUGGACCACAAAAAAGAAGUAUGCCAUUUUUUUCUGUUUAAUAGCCCAUUCAAAAUUUCUAUACCAUAAGAUUAAGUUGUAAAUAUUGCCUAUACUGCUAUAUAUUUCCUUCAUGUUUAUAGGAACACGAGUACUUUGAGCUUGAAAUUCAAAACAAUAUUGAAAUACGGUCCUAGAUCCUGUUCAAACAACAAUAAUUAAACAUUGUCCAAGGUCAUGAACGUGGGAAAAUUGCAAAUAAAGUCCACUAUUUUUUUUAGCCUGUCUAGAAAUCUCUAGCAUGAUUCAGUGGUCAUCUGCUGGCAGAGUCAUGCUGGAGGACCUAGAGAUUCCUCGAGAGAACAUAUAAAUCAAAGCCACAAAAGUCAAAACCACAAAUGUGGAAGGCCAACUGUAUAAUUCAAUCUUCUACAAGUUUAUUCAGAAGUGAGCCCCACUGUGUUUACUGGGACAUAUUCCCACACAUAAGUUUGCAUAGCACUGUGGCCACUCGUUUGUCUGUUUUCACACUGGGCUCCCCUAUUUCUCAUAUGAAUGCCCGCAUACUUGGAAGUCAGUAGU